UGCGGUUUGGGCACGAAAUUCAAAGAUUUUAAAAGUACCAGCUGGCGCCUUUUAGGGGAGAGAGCUCUGUGAAGCGGGUGUCCAGCAUCUUCGUGCGGUAGCUGCUCCAUCACCUGGGGAGGACCCCACUUGCACUGGCAUGAGCCGGCGCCCCUGCAGCUGCUCCCCACGCUCCCCAUCCAGCUCCUGCCGCUGCAGCUCCAGCACCGUGACAGCCGCCCGGCGCCCUCAUCACCCGCACAGUCGCAAAGAAGAAAGUUCUACUCUUUCUAUCAAAAUGAAGUGUGAUUUUAGCUAUAAUCAUGUUCAUUCUGGACUUAAACUGGUAAAACCUGAUGACAGUGAAAGGCUAGGUUCCUAUACUUCUGCAUGUUUGGAAGGCUCUUAUAAAGAUUGCAUUAAAGACUAUGAAAGCUUAUCGGAUAUUGGGUCACCGAUUGGGAGCCCCAGGAUUGUAGAACUUGAAACUGAGAACAAGCCCUUGCAUAACAAGGAAAAUCAACAUGUGCAACCGACACUUAAUAGUUCAGAUGAAACAGAAGAACUAGAGACAAAUGGACCUUAUGAAGACAGUGGCUAUUCUUCAUUUUCCCAACAAAGUAGCAUCAAUGAGCAUGAAGAAGCUAGCUUUCCCCUGGAGGAAAAUUCCAGUGACAGUCCACAGUCUUGCCUGCUACAAACACAAAGCCCAGACCAAUAUCCCAAUAAAAACUUGCUGCCAGCUCUUCAUUUUGCAAAAGUGGUUUGUUCAACAUUAAAAAAGAAUUCCAAACGAAAUUCUAAAAUAGAUUGGGAGAAGCUGAAGAAGUAUAAUGUAAAUUUUGGACUACAGAAUAUAAUUGGCAGGAAAAUGGGCCUAGAAUGUGUAGAUGUUCUCAGUGAACUCUUUGGACGGGGACUCAGACAUCUCUUAGCAAAUAUUUUAACACAGCUCAGCGAUAUGGACUUAAUCAAUGUGUCUAAAGUGAGCACAACUUGGAAGAAGAUUCUAGAAGAUGAUAAAAGGGCAUUGCAGUUAUACAAUGAAGCAAUACGAAGAGUUACUGAGAAGAGCAUUAAGUUCUCACCACAUGGUUCAACCAGAGAGAAUGUUAUGGUCAGAACCGCAUUGGCUUCUGUUCAAAAAGCAGCAGCCCAGCCUCCCCCCAGAAAAGAUGCUCGAACCAAGUUAUCCAAUCCAGAUGAUCAGAAAGAUUCUACCUAUAGUCGGCACAAUGAAUUCUCGGAGGUUGCCAAAACUUUGAAAAAGAAUGAAAGCCUCAAAGCCUGUAUUCGCUGUAAUUCACCUGCAAAAUAUGAUGGCUAUUUACAGCGGGCAACCUGCAAACGAGAAGGCUGUGGGUUUGAUUAUUGUACACGGUGUCUGUGUAAUUAUCAUACCAGCAAAGACUGCUCGAAUGGCAAGCCUCUAAAAGCCAGUUAUAAAAUGGGUCCUUUGCCUGGUACUAAGAAAAGCAAGAAGAAUUUACGACGAUUGUGAUCUCUGAUUAAAUCUAUUAUAACUGAUCGUGAAGGUUAGUCAGAAAAAGUUACGUUUUAAUUUGAGAAAUAAAAAUGUAUUGUUAUAUUCAAUUUUAUAGCGAAAUCAAUGUACUAGAUGGGUUUUUCCCCCUGGUAAAUAGAGGAUGCACAACCUCUUAAAAUAUUUUAUGAUUUAAUGUGAAAAUAUUCAAAAUUCUCAGUGUAAAUCAGAAAAUUUAAAUAUUUUAAGAAAAAAGGAAAACUUCAUCUAUAUUUGCUUCAGAGGUAAAAUAAAAUUGUUUUCAGUUUUAUAGUAAAGGAAGGCCAUGUAAUUUUACCCAGACAAUCCUAAAUAUAAAUUGUUUACCAUCUAUUAGCAUUUGGGACAUUUUAUUUGCCUCAUCAAAUUAAUAUCUAUUGAAAUAUCAACUGGAGUCUUAAUUUAAAUGCUUUGUCACCUUUUGUUCUUGACCUUGUUUUCAGUGUGUAUACUUCCAAAUAUCCUUUGUGAAA